AUGCACUGCACACUCCCAGCCCUCAUCGCCCUCGCCUCCUUCUCCAUCGGCGUAGCCGCCGAUUGCACGAAGAUGGGCUACAUGACGCACACCUUCUACGGCUACCCCGACAACGACCCGCCGGGUCCGGCCAUCGCCUACGACUGCGGCCGCGGUUUCUCCGCCGGCGGCACCGGCACCUACAACGACCCGCUGACCUUCGCCUCCGCCGAGGGCGAGUUCGAGCCGUGCGAGGUCAUCUACGACCCCUACACCCGCAAAUACCUGCGCUACGAAGACUACUGUCAGGCUUGCACCGACGACUGGGCCAACGGCAAGAUCCGCCACCUCGACGUGUGGACCGGCAGCACCACGGUUAAUGGUGGUGAUACCCAGAUUCAGUGCGAGAACGACUUGACGCCGGCGGAAAACAGCCAGACUAUCGUGAGGAAGCCGGCUAGCAACCUCCCGGUUGACACAACGGCACUGUUCGCCAAUGGCAAAUGCCAUACUGAUCAUAUCUACGACGAUUACGACAUCAACGACUACUGCUCUCAUUAG